CUUCAAUGUUAGACUCCCUUUUGGACAUUGAAAUUGCUUAUAAUAUUUUGAAGACAGAUCAAAAUGAAAUGGAAGAGAAUGGAACUAAAGAUAUUUUUGAUUUGCAUUAUUCUAAAUUAAAUUGUUGUAUGGAGGUUUUUUUGUUAAAAUUUAUUUUUAAAAAUAUUUUGGAAUUAUUUAAGGUUCUAGAUAAAAAAUCGGAGGAAUUUGGUUUAAUUAAUCGUUAUUUGGCAAAUACCCAUGCAUCGACUCACACAAUUAAAUUGGAAAUUAUUAAUGUACUUAAAAUUCAGCGUUUAAUGGAAGUAAAAAAUUUUAAAAAAGAAAUGGGCAAUCGUUAUUUGCUUUGGCAUGGAAGUCGUUUAACAAACUAUGCUGGAAUUUUGAGUCAAGGGUUGAGAAUUGCUCCACCCGAAGCUCCUGUAACAGGAUAUAUGUUUGGUAAAGGAAUAUAUUUUGCUGAUAUGGUUACAAAAUCAGCUAAUUAUUGUUACGCAAUGUCUGGGGAAGGAUUACUUUUGCUUUGUGAUGUUGCUUUGGGAGAAAUACAAGAAGAAGUUGAUGCUAAAGAUUUGAAAAAACCUAAAAGGGGGAAAAAUAGUGUUAAAGGUAUUGGCGGUACUUUCCCUAAUCCAAAAGAAAAUGUUCAAUUUGACGAAAUGACUAUUCCCUGUGGUAAACCAAUUAAUUCAGAAAAGAAAAAAUUGUCUCUUCUUUACAACGAAUAUAUUGUUUAUGAUGAAUCGCAAGUUCAAUUACGUUAUAUUGUUCGUGUUAAAUUUGACAGUGGAAAUUUGCUUUAA